CUCGCCCAACUAACCGCCGUCCUUCACAAUGACUUUCUCGAAGCCUGCGUGCAAGCUGCAGCCGGUCAUCUGCUUUCAAUAAGUCAAGGCGCCGCUAGAAGUCGCUCCCGCCCUUCAAUGACUUCCUGAUGAAGAACAUGACUAUCAAGGAUCAGAACGAUGCGUGAGCCGCCUGUUCUGCCACUACUUGGAUCUGUACGAUGCGGACAAUCAGAGCCACGCCCAACGAGCUCCGCAAAAAACAAUUGUGUCGCAAUACAACGGCACCUCAAACACGGGCGCUCGUGGAGUAUAUAAGGGGACGCCUCCUGCCUUGCUCUAAGCCCAGAUUAGCUUUGCCACACGACAAUACCCACCGAUUGACAAGGGCCUCGGCGCCCUCUCCCAUGCCCGCUUGUAACCCCAUGACGAUAGACCUCGAUCCGUUCAUCAACUUGGACUCCAGUACGUCCAGCGCAGACAGAAAGUCUCCGCUACCCUUGCUGCCUUCCCAGCAAUUGUCUCCAGACCAAUCUCCGUUUCUGGCGGACUCUCCCUCUGCGUCCUUGAUGAUUGAAAAACCUGCUACCCCUCCGAAACAACUGCUGGUUUCAUCUUCUACAACCAAUUCCGAUGCUCCUUGGCAAGGGGCGGACUCAACAGACCAUCCAACCCAGUCUGCAACGCUCGGGUCAUUUGUUCUAGUGCAGGCCACCUCCGAGACGUCGCCUGCGCCGCCCUCAUUACAGCAGUCUUCCUCGUCUACUCAGGAGUUUUCUACGAAUGAGGGGAUGACAGGCGGUAUCAUGCUUGGCUACGCGGGGGGAAAUGGCAGGUCCUCCUCGCCUGGGGAUUAUAGUCUCCAAGAUGGCGAUAGCCGCGCUCCUUCCUCAUUAGAUGAUUCUACUCACGCUGUGUCUGUGGUUGAGAGCGACAGCGGCGGUGAUCAUCAAGCUGACACAUUCAGCCAGUGUUCGACCCGAGUGUCCGACCAACACGAUCGCGACAAUGGCGAUAAUCAUGGGUUGGUGUCUAAUUCGGAGUCAGUGGGUCCUCUUGUGCCCACGCCGGGUUUGGCUCCCACGGGACCAGAAAACGCUUCAUCCCCUAGUUCGCUACUCUCAGCGCUCCGAGAAGGUUCGACCAGUCAAAAACAGGAUCCAGACGUGCUCGCUAUCUCAAGAUCAUCAUCAUACGGGUGGGUGGAAGCCAUCGAGCAAUCGGGUUAA